UUAUUGUCAUUUUAUUUUUACUCCACUCCACUACACACCUAUGGAAGCCCUUUCUCCUGCGCAGCCGCUACCUCAUAACCACCAAAUCGGCGGCGUUAUGUCGACGCCAGAGUCUCAACCGGCGCCGGAGAAUGCUCACCAUUCCUCUCAGACCUUAUCUGCUGGUCAAAAGCCAACUUUUCUAUACAAGUGUCUUCUUAACCAACAUGUUCAAAAGUUGAAGAAGCCACCCCCCAUAUAUCAAACACAAAAUGAAGGAUCUGAGCAUCUACCAUGGUUCAGGACCACUGUUUGGGUCGAUGGUGUGAGCUACACAUCUUCUAACAAAUUUCACCAACGUAAGAUGUCGGAAGCGGAUGCUUCAAGAGUUGCAUACAAUGCCAUAACACAGCAGGCAAAGACUGACGCAUUGCGUUUUAUACAACAGGAGAAAAUCUUUUGCAAGUCUAUUAUUGUUGAAUUUGCUGCUAAGAAGAAUUUGGGAAAACCUGUAUAUGAGACAACUCAAGUGGAGGAGUCGGUUCAUGUUUUCCGUUCGUAUUUGCAUUUUAAUGGUGUGACGUAUCCAGGAGAUGGUGCCAAAAGCAAGAAAGAAGCCGAACAACUGGUGGCACGCUCUGUCAUUCUUCAAUAUUUAGAAUCCGAAAAUGGAGCUGACAUGGCGGACAUAGUUUAUUGCAAGUUGAGGCAAUAUUUUGAAAUGAAUAAAGCUCCGGAAAUCAACACCAUGGCUAAAUCAUCUGCAGCACCCGAGUCAAGUUUAGUUCAAGACACCAUGGUUGCAGCCACAUUUCAGUCUUCAGGUGCACAACUGUCGGUUGAGCCCAUCACUCCAGCUGCUCCAAUUGUAAUUCAACCACCUACCCAACAAGUAUCAACCGAGUUGGUCAAUCCGACUGUUUCUCUUGUAAGUCAACCACCAACUCCACACACAUCAACUAAGCCAAUUCAUCCAGAGGUUCCUGCCGUAACUCAACAACCUAGUGCACAAGUAACAGUUGACCCAAUCGAGCCAGUUGCUGCUGAAUCUUUGGUUUCGACUGCGGUCCCAUCUACUGUGGUCGCCAACUCAUGCACUCCUGUAGUAUCAACGACAACGGUUGAAGUUCCAGAAACCACCAACGUUAGUCUACAACCAAAGCCAGAAGCAUCACCUGCACAAGCACUGGAGUUCAUACCACUUGUGGAUCAAUCUUCUGACAAGAAACGAAGGCGGACACAAAAGAAAAAUGCCCGAAGGAAGAAGCGUGCUAAUGCUCAGAUACCUGUGAUACCUGCAACAACUCAAGUUCAGCCAUUUUCGCCUUCAAUGAAUAGCUCUAGUUCUGUGUAAGGUGAGCAAGCUUCUUUGCAUGGUGGUGGCGCGUGGGGUUUAGCUCUGAAUCGUUAGGCUGUGAACAAUUAAUUUAGUUGGAAGAUGUUUUAUGUAUAAGUUUGUAUUGUUGGUUGUCGGUGGUCAUUAUUGCUUAGUGCUUACAUAGUUACAUUGCAUAUGGCGAGGAAGAAAAUCGAGCAAAGCGUCUGAACCGUUGAAUAGAAAAUAACAUUAAUAACUGCAACUGGAAAUGCUAUUCGAAUUGAACGAUAGAGUCUGAAAGCAUUAAAUCUGUGAAACUCAGAAACUUAUCAGGUUUAAAGGUUUAAAUGUGUAAUUGACAUUAAAUAAGUUUGUAGCACAAUAUGAUAGGUUUAAUGUAACACUUUAUUAGUGUGGUGUUUAGAGUAUUAUGAAGCCGUUGACAUCCUGUUUA